AUGGGUCAAUCGCAAAGUGAUGAAGAAACACAGGUGGAGCUGUGGCAGAUUCAGAAACUUUACAAGAAAUUCGCAAGUGAAUGCCCAAGUGGGAAUCUGCAUUUACAUGAAUUUAAGAAAAUCUUCGGACUCGGCACCAGCCAGUUAUCGGAGGAAGAAUCUGAAUAUAUGGACAGCAUAUUCAGAUCAUUUGAUACAAAUCAGGAUGAUGCAAUAGAUUUUUUGGAGUAUGUGGCAGCGGUGCACCUUGUCCUUCGUGGAAAACUUGAAGAUAGGCUGAGAUGGUCUUUCAAAGUCUAUGACAGUGAUGGCAAUGGGCUCCUGGAGAAACACGAAGUCAAGCACAUAAUCAAGAUAAUUUAUGCAAUUAAGAAGCACAGUGGUGAACUGCAAGGCGAUCAUCUUACACCUGAGCAGAUAUGCAAUCAAAUAUUUCAAAUUGUGGACAUAAAUCAGGAUGGUCAGAUUUCACUGGAAGAAUUCAUUGAAGGAGCCAAGAAGGAUGAAUGGGUUUUGGACCACCUGAAACUGGAUGUGAAGCCCUGUGUGUGGUUUAAUGAAAAUCAAAGUAAUAUCAUUGAAUGA